AUGUAUAACCUGAGCUGUUACAGCCCUGGUUCCUUUACCCUGGCUGGAAUACCUGGCCUGGAGAGGUUCCACGUCUGGAUCGGGAUUCCCUUCUGUGCCAUCUACAUUCUGGCUGUUGUGGGCAACGGGACCCUCCUCUCCCUCAUUGCUGUUGAGGACAGCCUCCGAGAGCCCAUGUUUUUCUUCCUGUCCAUGCUGGCCACCACAGACCUCCUCCUGCCUACUGCCACGGUGCCCAAGCUGCUCAGUAACCUCUGGCUUGGCUCCCAGGAAAUAACCUUCACUGGGUGCCUCACCCAGAUGUUCUUCCUCCACUUCAGCUUUGUGGUGGACUCAGCCACCCUGCUGGCCAUGGCACUGGAUCGCUAUGUGGCCAUCUGCUUCCCCCUGAGAUACGCCUCCAUCCUGACGCCGCAGGGGAUGGUCAAGCUCGCGGUGAGCAUUGUGGGGAGAAGCUUCUCGGUCAUCCUCCCGGAUGUUUUUCUGCUGAAACGCUUACCCUUCUGCGGGACCCGUACCAUCCCCCACACGUACUGCGAGCACAUAGGUGUCGCUCAGCUUUCCUCUGCCGACAUCUCCGUCAACAUCUGGUACGGAUUUUCUGUGCCUCUCAUGACGGUCAUCUCGGAUGUGCUCUUUAUUGCCGUCUCCUACAUCUUCAUCCUCCGCGCUGUCUUUCAGCUCUCCUCCCAAGGUGCCCGCCACAAGGCGCUGGGCACCUGCGGCUCCCACGUCUGUGUCCUCCUCGUGUUUUACACGCCUGCCUUCUUCUCUAUCCUCGCUCAUCGCUUCGGGCACCGUGUGCCUCGAAAUGUGCUCAUCCUGUUUGCCAACCUCUACGUGGCCAUCCCUCCGGCUCUCAAUCCUGUGGUUUACGGAGUGAAGACCAAGCAGAUCCAGGACAGAUUUCUUCUCCUCUUUUCUUUGAAGAAGACACCAUGA